AUGCCCUAUCAGGACAAGCAAGGACGUGUGUGCGGGUUUCUGAAUAUAGAGGAGACCGAAAACAGUGGCAGUUUUUGUCGCAGAUACUUUAUUCUUGAUCAAAAUAAUGGUAAACUAGUUUACUACAUGGAUAGCCCAGCUAAUCUUCCUGAGGCUUGGAAAGGUCCUGUUGGAGAAAUAAAUAUACACAAUAUAUCAAAGGUCAGUGAUGGUGCAAAGCUGAGGCCCAAAGUUAAAUACUGCUUUACUGUAACAGUUGCUGGGCGGCUGUAUUUCUUGCAAGCCGAAGAAGACCCAGACAAGUGGCAGUGGAUUGAAGCAAUAAACAAUGCCAGUAAAAUUACAGUACCAGAAAAAUCAAUUCGGCAAACAACACAAGAAUGGCAUGCAGCAGAUGUUAACCAAGAGGCCUAUGUUACAGAAAUUGCAGGAGGGGUGGUCUGCAAGAUGCCUGUUCAGUCUGCAGAUGUGGAAUCUGACACUGCUUCUGAUGAUGAUGAAUCAAAGUCAUCCUCGUCAGGGCGAUUAUCUCCAUCUUCAUCUUUGAAUCGGGGCCUCAGUUCUUUUACUAAAGACAUGAGCAGCAGCUUGGAUCAUAGUAAAGCCUCAAAUUUACUGUCCAUCAAGAAAGGAUUCUGUGUUAAGCAGGGUGCAGUUAGAAAAAAUUGGAAACGAAGAUAUUUUGUUCUUCAUCAACAAGGGCUUUCAUACUUCAAGUCAGAACAAGAUAAACAUCCAAUCAGGACAUUACCUAUAGAAGAUCUGUUAGAAGCUCGUCAAGCUGCUGUCGGGGCUCAUCCAAACAGGGACAACUUAUUUGAGGUACUCACAUCAAAGAGAAUUUUUUAUAUACAGUGUGACACACCAGAGGAUAUGAACAGCUGGAUUGAUGCAGUGCGAACAUCCAUACGUCAACGAAGAUUAGACGAAAGGAAGUCCAUGCAAGACCCCAGCAGUCACAGCACACUAGAGGAGGAAAUGAGCAGUGGAACCUACCCAUCACCAGUCUGGGCCAGAGACCGAGGGACCAGAGAAACAAAGCAGCAAAAGAAGAGCUUCAUCCUGUGGUGA